AUGCAUAAACUUGGAUUAAUACUGUUGAUGAUUGCAGCACCAGGCUGGGCAGCUGUUAAUCCUUGUACCUAUAUAAGGGGAAUACCUGGCCUCAACUUCUAUGAGUCUCUACAUCCCAGUGGCCUGUGGAUUGUUAUGAAUUGUGCUAAAGGCACAGCAUACAGUGCACAGACAUGUUCAUGCUCCGAUUUUAUUUUUGGUUGUAAGCUGUAUGCUACUUCUUCUGUAGACAAGUUUGCCUUCUUUGUCAACAACAUAGUAAAUUACAAAGCUUGCUCCUUUGGGACUGUGUUCCACCCAGAACUCUGUGGAUGCUUCGAACCUAAAACUUCUACAAUUGUACAAUAG